AUGGCCAGGAAAGAGAGCAACAAAGGGAGCAAGGAGAGCAAGAAAGAGAGCAAGAAAGAGACCAGGAAGGAGACCAAGAAGGAGACCAGGAAGGAGACCAAGAAGGAGACCAAGAAGGAGACCAAGAAGGAGACCAAGAAAACCGCCAACCGCCUACCCAGCGGAAGGCUGAGCAGCUACGGGGGAGGGCCGCCCGACGCCCGCGAGUGCAGGAAGCAAAUUCUCAAGGGAGGAGAAAACCACGCGUGCAAAAAGAAGCCAAAGGAAAAUGUAGCAACGCCAUCGACGGAUGAAGCAGUCCUGAACAAAAAUAAAUUCCGCCAAGAUUUCCUAAACUUUUACUACGCCUUGAUAGGUAAAGGCAUUAACAGAUCCAAGGCGGACGUGAAGGCAGCCAAGAACAAGUUGGAUGGGGGGUGCGAAAAAAAAUGCAAAGAGAAGCCUAAAGUUUAUCCCAAGGCAAAGUCCUCCUUGCUGGAUGAGUGCUGUGUAAAAAAUAAAGAGAAUUCUCAAAACCCACUGACUGUUUCGAAGGAGGAAGGUGGCUUGCGAAAUGGCGUGUUUGAACCGGAGGAGAAGCAUGCCCGGAGAAAGAGGGGGCCGCAGAAAUCGCACCUCGCCAUGCCGAACGGGGGCAGCGUUGGCGGUGUUGGCAGCGUUGGCGGUGUUAGCGGCGUUGGCAGCGUUGGCAGCAUCAGCAGCUUCAGCGGCCUGGGCAGCCCCAACAGUGUUAGCAGCGUUGGCAGCAUCAGCAGCCUCGACAGCGUCAGCAACCUCAGCAGCGUUAGCAGCGUGGACAGCAGCGGCGUGAGCGUCGGAGGAAGCCUCUCCAGCGUCGACAGUAGUGUGAUAAGCCUUGGUAACAGCCGCGAUAGCAGUGUGAUAAGCCUUGGUAACAGCCGCGAUAGCAGUGUGAUAAGCCUUGGUAACAGCCGCGAUAGCAGUGUGCUCAGCCUGGGAAGCAGCCGCGACAGCCGCUACAGCAGCUGGGGCACGGGGAACAAGACCUAUCACGACAAAAUGCUGACGCACCUGUUUGGUCUAGCCAUCCUCUUCUACAGCAACAGCUCCUACGUGGAAAAAAUGGCCAAACAACUGCCCCAAAAUUACUACCUGUGCUACAGAGAUUUGCACCAAAAUAUAAAACGCAUAUAUGAAAAUAAUUUCACCCAAAUGUAUGAGGAUUUUUACGAAAUGGAAAAAAAAAUGAAGCCAAUUGAGCAAAAAGGAGUGGAAAAAUAUUACUACGCUUUUAACCGUGUGGUUUACACGCUGCUAUUAUUUCUUUACGAAAUUUUGCAGAAGGAGGAUGCUCUGCAUUUAAGCUUUGAGUCGUUGCCGAUGGAAUACCGUCUGAGGAGGGACGAACUGGUGGACACAGUCACCAAGGCCACUCCAAGCGAUAUGAAUGAUAUUUAUUUUACAACUUAUAAAUUUUUCGACGCGAUGUGCACCUGUAUGGACUUAUCCUCCUGCUUUAACUUUAACUACAUUGGCAAGAAGCUUAUUAAUAACCUCCACCAGAAGGGAAGCUUCCACAGCAAAGUCACUUUGGAAAUGAAAAAAAUUAAAGAGUAUAUGGCCAACAUGCAAAACGAUAUAGUGGAAUAUGUGAAGGACUUAAAUUCCUAUUUUAAACACCUUUUGGAAUAUGCUGCUCGGGAAAAUUUAUUUUGCGAACCUGUGUUGUAUUGCUACUCUCUCUUUUUGGACUACUACCUAGCGACGAUUGAUCAACUGCUGGACCACCUGAACAUCCAUUUGAAGUACCCUGUUAACAAAGAAUCGCAAGAAAGCCUCAGCCAUAUAUAUAGAGAACUAAAAACGCAUGCAGACAAUUUGGGGUGCACUAUGCGCUGCUUCUAUUUUAAGAAGAAUAUCAAAUCCGACCCCGAAUUGUCCAUCAUUUCUCUUUUCACAGAUUCUAAAUUUAGGUUACAGCUAGCGGAUAAGUACGCCAGUAAGAAGUACGCGGACUUUAUUGCCCUCAUGCUGAACAUCCUUGACUACCUGCGCGUUUUAGUGGCCUCCCUCACUUCCCUCGUCACCCUCCAAACGGUGCACGCCCUUCUGAUGGACACCGAGCAUGGCAACAUCAAAUAUGAGGACGCCAUGAAGGUGAUGAGGUACUUCACCAGGUACAUCUCGCACAACAGCUCUGUGUUAGCGCAGCGGAGCGGGGCGCCGUGGAGCGGAGCGUGAAGAGAGCGAAGCGUGAAGAGAGCGAAGCGUGAGGAGAGCGAAGCGUGAGGAGAGCGAAGCGUGAGGAGAGCGAAGCGUGAGGAGAGCGAAGCGUGAGGAGAGCGAAGCGUGAAGAGAUCGAAGCGUGAAGAAAAGGGAAUGGAAGAAAAUCGAAGCGAAAAUAAACUGAUCAAAACUAAACUGAUCUAAACUGAACCAAAAUGAACGGAACGAAAACCCCCGUUGGACGCCCAGCGGAACGCCCCGCAUGUUGCCCCUUUUAACCGAACGGGAUGUGCGAACUUCGCGACGGGAUGCCCCCGCGGCUCGGCCUGUUACCGGGAGAGGUGAGCUUCCCCCCCACACACGCACACCGCUUACCCGAAAAAAGAUACCAUUUUUUAAUUUUCUUGAAGUUACAGUUACGUGGAGAGAGGUACACCCAUCGAUCGCAUGAGGUGUGUACCCACAGCACGUACAAGUAACCCCUCCAACAUUUGGAAAAAUUAAAUCUCGCGCGUAUGUGUGUGUAAAGAACUUAUUCACUUAGUAUUUUCCAAUUAAUUUGCAGACCGCCUCGUUUGUGUACAUGUGUGUGCGCGCGCAUUCGAUGCACGCAUCACGUAUGUUCGUACGUAUGUAUAUAAACACUGUUCAUUUUGUGAAAGCAAUUUUGUCUCUACAGGUUUUUCCCCCUUUUUGUUUACGUGUCAUGACUGCUUUGCUUUUUUUUUUCCAUUUUUUUUGUACAUGUAUGUGUAGUUACUUUUGUAGCAAUUCCUAAAUCACGUGUAUGUGUGGGCGUGGAAAUACACAUUUGUGUUAUGCCUCCGUAGCUGUGCCUUUUUUUUUUUUUUUUUUUUUUUUUAAAUCACCGCGCGCUACUUUUAAAGGGUAGAAGAGGGAGAACAAAAAAAAAAAGACAAAAAAUGAAGGCAAAAAGAGGAGGCAAAAAAGAAGAGGCAAAACAGGCCCACCCCCUUCUUCUCAUGAUUACCUAAACGAACAAUUAACUUUUUUUCAUUUUUAAAACAGUUUUG